CUUCCGCCCUCCGCCAUUGUGUCCAUCCCCUGCCCGCAGAGCGCCGCUUGCCCGGGCCGCUGUAGUCAGUUACCUGCUCCGCCGGGCGAACACGUGCGGGGGCAGACAGACACUCCAGCUUCGCAGGAGGCCGGCGCCCCUGCACCGCAGGUGCAGCUCACAGCUGGACCCACAGACCAAAUGGCACAUAAGCAACUACUUGAAAACAGCUGGGAGCACUCUAGCAAGAAGCUCAAAGGACAGAGAAGUGUGUGCAGAGGUCAGAAACCUGCCUGGAAUCCCCUGGAGCAGCAGUCACAGAAGGUUGUGAGCUGCUCGAUUUCAGAGGCUGCAGUUCAAGACACCAACUUUUUUCUUUCUUCACCUUUCCUGACACUAUUGCCAAUAGUCCCUGAGGGCGCAGCUGUUGCCACAGUCACAUCUGUCAGAAGAAACCAUGGCCAAGGCAGCAGUGACCAAGCGCCAUCAUUUUAUGAUUCAGAAGCUGUUAAUUCUACUGAGCUAUGGAUACACCAACGGGCUGGAUGAUGCACACUCUCUUAGGUGCAACUUGACCAUCAAGGAUCCUACCUCAGCAGACCUUCCCUGGUGUGACGUGAAGUGCUCAGUGGAUGAAAUAACUAUCCUCCAUUUAAAUAACAUAAACAAGACCAUGACUUCAGGUGACCCAGGGAAGAUGGCAAAUGCCACUGGCAAAUGUUUGACACAACCUCUGAACGAUUUGUGCCAGGAGUUGAGGGACAAGGUGUCUAACACCAAAGUGGACACUCACAAGACCAAUGGUUACCCACAUUUACAAGUCACCAUGAUUUAUCCGCAAAGCCAGGGCCAAACUCCUAGUGCCACCUGGGAAUUCAACAUCAGUGACAGUUACUUCUUCACCUUCUACACAGAGAAUAUGAGCUGGAGAUCAGCUAAUGAUGAAUCAGGGGUUAUCAUGAAUAAAUGGAAAGAUGAUGGGGACCUUGUGCAACAAUUGAAAUACUUCAUACCCCAAUGCAGACAGAAAAUUGAUGAAUUCUUAAAGCAGUCCAAGGAAAAGCCAAGAUCAACCUCAAGGUCCCCCAGUAUCACCCAGCUUACAUCAACUUCCCCGCUUCCACCUCCCAGCCACUCUACUUCUAAGAAAGGAUUUAUCUCUGUGGGACUCAUCUUCAUAUCUUUAUUAUUUGCAUUUGCAUUUGCGAUGUGAAGAGGAAAUAUUAUACCCAAGGAGAGGCCAGAGGAGGGCAUCGGAUCCUGUGGAACUGGAGUUACAGUUGGUUUCCAAUACUGGGAACUGAAUCCAGGACCUCUCCAAGAACAGCAAGUGCUCUUUGCUACUGAGCCUUAUCUCCCUCCUCUAAUACAUUUCUUAAUAAGAGAAUAUACUCUGAAUAUUAUUAAACCCAGGGCAAGUCCCACAGUAAGGUUCACAAUAAAGUUUAUUGUUUCAGAAUCAAAAAGGAAAACACAUUUUAAAAUGACUGUCAUGGCCAGUUAUCACAUCGUUUGUAGCAAUGUAUGAUUGAGGACGUCCAGGUCCAUCUAAAAAAAUGCCAGGCAAUACAGCAACAUCUAAUAAAACUGGUAAAUU